UCGUCAGUUAGUCUACAUUCAGUCCUUGGCCUAACAAAACAUUCAAAACUUCUCUCGGCUUUUUUCGGCAUUGUAAAACAAAAUUUGGUUAAAAAGUUAAAAAUGUUGCGAGUGUUGCGUCAGAAGUGUCGUUCGCUCGUGGAUCGUAGUCUGCCGUGCCUGGAGUCUCUGGUGAAUGCCUGUGCCGCGCUCAAGGGCGACUGGUCCAAGCCGAAGGGCCUGAGCCCCAUCCAGAGCUCCGGUGGCUCCAGUGUGCUGCGCCAGCACCUGGUGCGCCGCAACUACAGCAGUCAGUCGCAGGACGACGACUGCGGGGCGCCCAAGAAGUGCGAGACGGAGAAGGCGGCGGGAUCGAAGUCCUGCGGUCCGGCUCACUUCAGGGGCACUAUCUGCGAUGCGGCCAAGGGUGGCAGGCCCAAAAAGAAGGAGGCCAAGAAGGAGAAGAGCAACAAGGUGAAGACAUCCGCCCGGCUGAAGUCCAUGUGGUACAUCCCCGGCUGCGAGUACGAGCCCAAGUGCGAUGUGAACGUGCGCUACGACAUCCGGCACUACCGCAUCUCGGACAAGGAGGCCCGCCAGUACCAGGUGACGUGGAACGAGUGUCCCCGGCUGGUGAUCAAGCCCAAGAAGGUGUGCAUCCACCAGAAGCAUCCGCGUCCCAAGCCGUGCCGCCGCCAGCGGAAGACUGCUGCGGCCACCGCCCGUCCCCCGAUGCCCAUGCUCAACCCCAUGGAGUGCAGGAAGCCGGAGGACGACUCGCCCUGUCCUCGCUGGGUCCUGCCCUGCUGCAAGCCCGGCCGCGUCCCGCCCAGCUGCCACCGUGUGCGGCGACCUACCGACUGCACGAAGCGCCCGGCGCCAUAUCCCAGCUUCUCGGAGUGCAAGCGCGAUGAACUGACCAAGGGGGCGCCCAUCGAGUGCCUCUGCCUCCGCAUUCCCAUGGCCUGCGAGAUGUGGGCGGAGCUGAGGAGGAGGAUCGCCCGGGGCAAGGGGGCGGUACUCAAGUGCGGCGAACUGUAGGCGGCGUCGAGAGCCCUGUCAACCGACGACACCUGGCCACAUUCGGGUCGUUACUCCAACCCAGUUAUCACAUCCAAAUUCCAGUUUCUACAAUAACCAAGCCAUUCCAUCUGCACACUCUUUCGAUCCACUCAUCCGAAAUUCAAAAUGCUGUCGGAACGCUGCGGGAAAGUCCUGGGCACAGGCCUAAUGCCGCUCGCCGUCCGAUUGGCCAGUUGCGCCGGUUCCAAGGGCGGCGGUUCGGACUAAGUAAGUAAGGAUGAGGGCAAGCCGGAACCCAGCUGCAAGCGCUCCGCGAAGAAGAACUGCUUCAAGGUCCCAGCUCCCUUUCCCAGUUAUUCCGAGUGCCGGCGAAAGCCAACUGAUCCGAAGCCCUCCAAGGAGUGCGAUUGCUGGGACUUCGACAAGUCCUGACCCUCGGCCUACUGAUAGCCAAGCGCAGACGUAUUUUAUGGUUACGGACCUUCACCACUUUCGCACCACAGACUGAAGACUCGAUACACACACAAAAGACCGUUGGUGGCUCUGGGAGCCUAGGUGUAUUGUCCAUGUCGAACCUAUAGAACUUAUCUGGGCACCUAUCUUAAAGCUUAAUCCAACUAACCGACGUUGAAAUAUAACAAUAUACCUUGUUUUAAUAA